GAUACAUAUCGGAGUCAACGUUCUAUGUCGCUGGGUAGUGCUCAACAUGAAUCCUUGCUAGCCGCUGUAGCAUCUUCAUCACAACGUUCUUCUAUGCAAACUGUUGACAUUAGCCGAUCUGAGAAUGGUGAGCGUGUGACAUUGUUGGUGGAAAAUACUCGGUUUUUAAUCGAUCCGGCAAUGCUGACUGCGAAACCGGAUACGAUGUUGGGUAGAAUGUUCAGUGUGAGGAAUCAGAGUCAUGAAGGUGCUGAACUGGUGCGUCCAAAUGAACAAAACGAGUACGAGGUAGCUGAGGGCUUGUCAGCAGUGUGCUUCAAAGCCAUUCUCGAAUAUUAUCAAACGGGUAAAAUGCGCUGUCCACCAUCGGUGUCGGCAAGCGAACUACGUGAAGCGUGUGAUUAUUUAUUGAUACCGUUCAAUGCACAGACAGUGCGAUGUGAUAAUUUACGUUCAUUCUUACACGAACUGAGCAAUGAAGGUGCUCGACAGCAGUUCAGCGAGUUCUUAGAAGAUAUCAUUUUGCCACAAAUGCAUGGCGAUCGUGAAUGCCAUAUUGUGGUGUUAUUGGAUGAUGAUGUGGUGGAUUGGGACGAAUUGUAUCCGCCACAAAUGGGCGAAGAUACCACUCAAGUUGUGUACAGUACGCAUUUGUAUCGAUUCUUCAAGUAUGCUGAAAAUAGAGAUGUUGCUAAACAGAAGCCGUAUAGUAUUUAUCAGGUGCUGAAAGAGCGCGGGUUGAAGAAGAUCCGAUUGGGUAUGGAGGUGAUCUAUAACUAUGUGCAACGGCCGUUCGUGCACUGCUCAUGGGAGAAGGAGGAGGCACGUUCGAGGCAUGUGGAUUUCGCUUGUCCAAUCGUAAAGAGUAAAUCGAAUCCGAGUCUAGCGAGCGCGGCCAGUGACCCGUUACCUCAGCCAGCACCACUUCAAUUGAAUGUGCCACAUCUUCAUGGUGGCGCCCCAGGAGGUGGCGUUCACUUCGGAGGUGCUCCCGGAGGAGGACUUGAUGUAGCACCGCACCUGGCUGCACAUCAUCAACUUUUAUUGGGUGUUGGCGGUGUGCAUUUGGCACAUCAACUUGCCAAUCAGCACAUGCAACCACUUCACUCCCCACCAGUGCAAUUAUUGGGUGCUGCGGGAGGAAUGAUGGCAAAUGACGGCAAUGAUUUGGCACAAGGAGCAGCAGCACAAAUAUCACCUCAACCUGGAGCUGGAGCCGGUAAUCAUAGCCCGAGGAGUGGAACUAAUAAUUGA